CGCUGUUCUAUCUGAAUCCUCCCUGAAAGACAUGCUCGCCCAUCAUCAUGAGACCUGGAUGACACAGUGAACAAUUGUUCGGUCCGAUGGCUUCGCUGCUAUCUACUCUCGCUAGUGUCAUACAGGCUACAGCCUACUCGAGUCUAUCUUAUACUCGAUGUGUGCGCAUUUGUCAAUUGUCAGCAAUCCUGAUGACGACGCAAGCUUAGAGUUCAUUCGGGAGCGAGCGCGCAUUUUGAUAUCGAAGUUCCGUCCGAAGAAAGACUCUGUCUACUUUUCUUGGCUCAUCCUACGGCGCACGAGCAAUCCCAUGAGCGCAUACCAUGCCUGUCAGGAGUUCUGGAAAUCUAUCCAGAAGGUUCUGCCAUGAGGUAUCACGUAAACGACUCAAACUCUGUGGUCACGAUGCUGUGCAGUGGACGUUGAUAACAGACAUCCUUUUUCAAGUUGUUCUGAUCGUCGACGUCGUCGCCAGUGGGUGUCACUCGGCUCGACUGGUCAUCAAGAAAAAUUCCUCCACACAACCGGACGUAUCUUGUCAUCUUAAGACGCCUGUCAACUCGGCUGGACAGCGCGCACGUAUAAAGUUCAGGACCUCUCAAGCGCAAUCACCGACCACCCUUCGUCAAACGAUUGUCCACUAUGUCCUGGUUACCUCUGAGUCGGAUGACUCGGCAUAUUUUGUGUCUUAUACCUGUUACGCUUGCAGUCAGUGCUCUGGCAGUACA